AUGGAAAGUGAUAACAACAAUAUCGAUAAUAACAAUAAUUCACUAAAAAGAAAAGAAUUGGAAAUUGUUAAUAAUAAUGAGAAUGUUAGUGAGAAUGUAAAUAAAGAUUUAGAAGUAGAAGAUGAAGAAAAAGAAGGAGAUGAUAAUGAUGAAAAUGAUAAUUAUUAUGAAUAUCUAAAGCUUUGGAACGGUAGAAAGAGAUCAAGAACAAAUGAGUUGAUGCAUAGAGAUAAUAUCUAUAAGAAUAAUCCACCAAACUUUAAAUUGUUAGCAGAGAAAUAUCCAAAGUUUGAUAAAUUUAUUCUUAAUAAGAAUGAAAAGAUAUAUAAUAUCGAUUGGAAAGAUCCAGAUGCUGUUAGGGAGCUGACCAUUACAUUGUUGGAUCAUGAUUUCGGUUUGAAGGUGAAUCUGCCAUUCGAUUAUCUCUGUCCAAUGAUAACAUCGAGGCUGAACUAUCUGCUCUGGAUAAAAGAUUGCUAUGAUAGGUUAGCGGAACAGUGUUUCCCAUUGCCAAAGGACAGUAGCGAUGGUAAUGUUAGUAGUCGAGUCAGUCAGUCUAGAUCUUCGGUUAGGGCAAUCGAUGUUGGUACCGGUGCGUCUUGUAUCUAUCCAUUGCUGGGUACACGCCUAUUCGGAUGGCGAUUCCUCGCCACCGAUAUCGAUAGUCGAUCGAUUGAGUUUGCUCGGUCAAACGUUGAGCGCAAUCAACUGCAGCGAGAAAUACAAGUGAUCCAAGUAGAGAAAGAGUUAAUACUCAACAAUGUCAUCGAUGAAUACAGUCGCUAUGAAAUAUCUAUUUGCAAUCCUCCGUUCUUUGAGGACCUAAAGCAAACCAAGUUGAAUCACAAAACAACUUGCACCGGUGCCGAUAACGAGCUGGUAACAGAAGGUGGUGAAUUACAAUUUGUAAAAAGAAUGAUAAAAGAUAGUUUAAUAUUAAGAUCGAAUAUUAAAUUAUACUCUACUUUGUUGGGUAGAAAAAAGAAUGUUGAAAGUGUAUUGACAAUGUUGAGAGAUAACAAUAUCAAUUGUUAUACUACAACAGAGUUGGCACAAGGAAAUUGUAGUAGAUGGGUUGUUUGUUGGUCUUUUGUCGGUGAUGAACUAACAUUCCAAAAACCAGAGGAACUAACAAGAAAACAACGUAGAGCAAUAGAGAGACCAGGAUUUAAAGGUACUUUCGUUACAAACCUUCCAUUAACACAUGUAAUACUUGAAUUAGGAAUGUAUCUUAAACUAAUUGAUAUUAAAUAUGAAACUAAAGAAGAACAACAACAACAACCUGUACAAUCAAAUCAAAAUUUAGUUGAUAAUGAUAAUAAUAUCAGUAGUAAUGACGAUAAUAAUAAUAAUAAUAAUAAUAAUGAUAAUGAUAAUGAUCGUCAUAAUAGCACUAGGAAGAUAUAUAACAACACAGUCGUAUUAGAUCAUAAAAAAUAUAUACUAAAUUAUGAUUGUGAUCUAUCAUUCAAUUUCACAAUUGAAAUGAUGUCAAUCGAUUUUGAUAAAUUUACAGUAGAGAUUAGAGUGGAUUUGAGAGACAAGACAUUCACCGAUGAUGAUAAUCAAAUAAUUAAGAAACAAUUCAAAUACAUUGCAAAUCAAAUACACAGCAUUUUAAUGCAUCCAGGUCAAUCACAUUAUCAAAAAUAA